AGGUUCUCGGAACGAAUGGCAUCACAACAAAGAUAAUGUAAGAUGACCGGGCCGGGAUAAUUUGUGAAUGUUCGGACGCUGCGCGCAGUCACUGUACUUCUCCGGAUUCCCUGACCGUCCGGAAACCCAGCAUUGUCAUCAUGAGUCAAGAAUUUUUGCCAUUAUGUGAUGUUCUCUUCAACAUAAUAUCCCUCGCCGCAUACUUCUGCGACGUCGUCUUCGAUGCCGUUACAGUGUACUCCCUGUACGAGCAGAAACACUAUGUGUGGUUCACCAUUACUUGCAGUUUCGUCAUGUUCACGCAAUUGGUUUGUCAAGUUUGUUCUCUGAGAUGGUACAUGCGUCGGUUAAGCGGAGAUCUCCAAGGCGAAAUGGGAACGCGGGCCUGCAAAGACAAACGAGACUGCGACGUUGGACUCUCCUUCAUUCUACAUAUUCUCCAGUUUGGAAUCGUCGUUAGAUACCUCAAGCUUCUCAUACCCGUGGAUUUGAAGUAUGUUAAACAAGACGUCCGUGAUCUGUGUCUCCUGAGGCUCAUACAUGGGUACUGUGAGGCCAUUCCCAUGCUGCUCAUACAACUGUACUUGAUCUGGAUGAAAGUCGGUAGUUCGGAAGAAAUCUCAAACCUGAAUUGCGUCUCAACCGCGCUUUCGCUUUUCUCCGUGUGCUGGGCAAUGGCAUCGUUCAAUAAGCACAUACGAAAAAGCAACAUUCACAAGCUCGUCAUGACGUGGAUGGGAGUGAUUUUUCAGUUCUUCUGGAGACUCGGGACAAUUACAUCUCGUGUCGUGUCCCUUACAAUUUACGCCUCGCUUUAUCAUCACUGGGUGUUGCUUGUUGUUCUGCUACACUGGGUCUGUAUGUUCUGUUGGCUGAUUUUCCCGAAAUCCUCGGAAAAACCCUCGUUCAUGAAGCGGAUCAUCUACUCGUCCCUACUAGCAUAUGUUUAUACAUUUUGUUUCAUCAACGUCUCGGGAUCAAAGUCUACCGUGAGGAUGGCUAUUUUCUAUGUUGUGAUGUUUUUGGAAAAUGUUCUCCUUGUCGGGGUUUGGAUCAUUGGAACAAGUUCGUCGGUCCUGGGUAGUGAUGAUACCGCACCUCCUGGUUACGAGGACCAAGCCAGGAUCACUGCUUUAGUGGUUGCUUCUUUUGCUGGCGGAAUGGUGUUCUUGCUACUCUACUACCGUUAUUUCCACGUGAGCAAGUUGAAAUACGGCUACAGUUCAAACCGUGCACCAGAAAGAGUAGAACAAAGUGACGCGGGAGCCGCGAAUACUAAAAUUGUUGCUGUUGAUGAGAAUCUGAAGGCUCAGAAGAAGUCCGUCAACUAUUGCCGACUCGGAAAAACGAAUUUGCAGUCUGGCAUGCAAACACAUUUCAACAACGAUCUCCACAUUCCAGGCGUGUUCAGUUGCCGACUGAAUCGUGCCAUUAAGCGAAAGAAGAAAAAGCCCACGAGUUUCGUGCCCCCACCGAUGGUGCAACCGCAUUUCACCGGAGUAAAGCCAGUGGAGACGCAGUGGUUCAAGCCGUGGUGGAAAACCUCGCAGAAUUCCCCGAGUGACCACGAAGGCAGUGUGGGAUCCCGGGUCAACAUCCAACAGAAAUUACGCGAAAAGAAGGAGCAACAAUUGGCGGAGCUGAGGGUGAUCCAAGAAGAGAUAAAACAGGGCAAAAUUCAGCGUCCCGAAGAGCACUCAGAAUUGAUGGUACCCGUGCCUAAGAAUAAACGCGCUCCUUGGCUAAUGGGGGACACGAAUCCGCAGCAAAAUUUUGAUCUUGCUCGUGUACAAACGCCGGAAGUUUUGUUAUCUCCGUAUUAUUUGGACCAUCCGAGAAGUUAUGGGGUUGUUCCGAAUCGCCGGGAUAUUCAGGAAGUGAGCUUGUAUCCGGAUGGGAGUGAAUGGGAAGCCGUGGGGGGAAAUAAAUACAGAGUACCUCAUGUGCCAUCGGAUAUCGACAGUCAGGUUUCUCUCCCGAGAAGUUACACUUUGCCGAGAGAAUUCAAGUAUGGCAAGAGAAACAGGUCCAGGAAAGUUGUGAGAGCGGAGUUGUUUGUGUCGACGAAUUCGAGUGAUGGGGAUGUUGAUUCUGCAGAAGAUGACGGCGAUUCGGACGACGAAGACGAUGGUCCUUUCUCCAACAUGCCUUUGCCGUUGCCGGUCGCUCGACCUGCUAUCUAUUAUUAUUAUAAUUCGUCAGUGAGACGAAGCUCAAAUCACGAGACACCGUUAUAAUUUGUGAAAAACGUGCGUUUGUAGUGAACAGCGUAUGUGGCUCUUCUUUUUUACGUCUGCUUGACGGAGGAAUACCAAUGUGAGUGUUUAAUCCAAAAUUUUCAACUAAAUAUUUCCGUCCUGUGGAGGAAAGAAACGGUCCAAAGUAUUUCAUAAUGAAUUUGUUUAUACUCUCUUAUACAUCGAUCAAUUUUCGCUCAUUGUGAUGGACAUUUUCGUAUGUUGUUUUCUUUCUUAAAAGUUGGAGCGAAAACCUCAAAAUAAUGUUGACGGGCGCUCACGGAGUUCAGGAAAAAUGUUCUUGGCGCUGUCUGCCAAAAUCUCAAGUCAUUUGUUUUCAAAUUGCUGAAAUGAAGUUUUUAAAAUAGUGAAGCAUUUUUGGGAGUAUGAUACGCUCAAAACUCUGAUGCGUUUUAUGUGCCAAGAUCAAAUGUCGUUUUCCAAGUAUGUGCCUUCAGUGUGUUGAUCUGACAAAACUGCGUGUGAACAAAACUUUUGCAUUCCAGUCGCCAAAAAAAAAUAUAUAGCCCGAGGAAGCCGUUUUUUCCCGUGAACAAAUACUGUCCAAGAUCGUGAAUCUGAACGCGACGCAUUUGAUUGUGAGGGAACGUUUUGUGAGCAUACAUAAUGCAUGUUUUUGUUCUUGCCGAUGCGUUUUUUAGUGCUCAUCAUUAAAAAAGAAAAAAAACUCUUCCGGAGUUUUUUGAAUGUCAGCGCAUGGUUCCAGUGG